GAUUACCCCGCAUUCAGCUCUUCUGUUACCUUAAAAACCCGCCGAAGGUAGGUCUACUCGCUCGUUGAGAAGUGAAUCCCUCAAUCCAGUUUCGCAAGUUUGCUCAACGUCACGAUAUAACGCCAUGCUCGACCACGCAGGGUUCUCCGUCCAUCCAUCCAGAUUCGAGGAGGUUGUCAACUUCUACGCAGCUGCGCUGGCACCACUAGGAUAUACCAAGCAAAAAGAAUUCCCAGGAGUCGCCGUAGGCUUCGGACCAAGUCAACACAGCAUGCCAUUCUGGAUCGCGGCGAAGGAGGUCACUGCCGGUGCCGCACAUGGCCAUGUUGCUUUCUCCGCAAAGGACCACGAGACGGUUGAUCGAUUCCAUGCUGAGGGUAUCAAGGCUGGAGGCACUUGCAACGGGAAGCCAGGCCUGAGAAACAACUACCAUCCGAACUAUUAUGCGGCUUUUCUCCUGGACCCUUUGGGGAACAACAUCGAAGUUGUAGACCAUCUACCGCAUUGAGAAAUGGCAAGACGCGCCAUGGGAGAGGUUUCGGCGCCGUGGCGAUUUGUGAUGAAUGUUUCCGCCUUUGAUUGCUGGCACUUCGCCUAUACAAUAUACUGCCUCUUUUCACGUCCGACUGUGAACACGACGGUGCGCGUAGGGGUUAUUGACCUUCUAACUGGCUUUUCUACGCCUCCCUCGAGGUAUAACCAGCCUUAAAACACCGUGCCCUAGUAGCGUAACUAGAAUAUAGCCAAUUAGAUUCCUUAAAAUACGUAUUCUAACUUGGAUUGGAAGUACAUGGGGUUGUUCAGUCGGACGUGGGAGGAGGCGGUAGCGCAGUGUACCUGUGUAAACGCCCGUACUAUGGCACUCUUGAUUCCUUCCAUAUAUCGCUCACGUACACGUCACUGACCGCCAAACCAUACAUCGAUUGCUCAAAGCU